UGACCCCGACGUUAGCCGGCGGUGAAGGGAGGCAACGUUUAUAUGCGGCGGCAAUCCGCCCCGUAGGCGCAUUCGCUCGCACGCUUCGUCCAAAGUGGACUUACACGAGAGAGGGACCGACCCGUUGUCAUCUUCAGCGUCCUUGCCGCCAGCUGCCGCCGUUGUUGUUGUUGUUGUCGUCACCGUUGUGCCCUAUCGAACCAACGGAACGAGAUUACCGAACGGGGAAAAACAGAACGAACAGUUGGACUAAAAGAGGAAUCGUCAGCGGGCCAACCGAUAAAAACCUGAAAAGCAUAUUCGAAGCUGAAGAAGAAGAAUUGUUUUCGUGAUCGGUAGUACAGCCCGAAUUUCGAUAUAGUUUUCCCCGGUGAUCCGUCGUCGAUUUACACGGCAGUGAAAAGCACAGGCAGUCCUUGUUGCGCACGUAUUUCCCUGCAACGCCCCCCUCUCCACCCCCUGAAGAGAGGAUACCGAGCAACAGAACAGGAAAAGCUUGAAGAGUUUUCGCAAACGAAGAACGACACGGCGGAUACGAUGGCUGUCGCAGCGGCGCAAAAGAACCGCGAAAUGUUCGCUAUCAAGAAGUCCUACAGUAUCGAGAAUGGAUAUCCUGCAAGACGACGAUCCCUCGUGGAUGACGCCCGUUUUGAAACUUUGGUUGUGAAACAGACGAAGCAAAGCGUGUUGGAAGAGGCUCGACAACGAACGAAUGAUUCGGAACAUUUAGAUGAUCAGACGGAAAUCGUUUCAUCGAGCGAUGACGAGCAGGUGGAGACGUUAGCGUGUGCAGCCAAAAAUGGAGAAGCGAGAGCUGAAGUGUCAUCGGACAGCGACGACAAACCGGACGACGAUUACGACGAUGACGCCGGAUUAACCGAGGAGGAAGUGGUGCUGAUGAAGACGAUAGCCGAGAGUCCUGAAACCGAGCAUACGGUACAAAGGGCGGCGCUGGUUUUGCGUCUGCGCGAAGGAAUCGGUUCGCUGGCGAGGAUUCUGAAAACGAUCGAGAACUUCAAGGGCACGGUGACUCACGUCGAGUCCCGGCCGUCGAAGAGGGAGGGCCUGCAGUUGGAUGUCCUCGUGAAGGUUGACAUGAGUAAACAAUGCUUGCUACAGCUAAUCCGAAAUCUCCGUCAGAGUUCAGCGUUGGACGGCAUCACUCUGCUCGCGGACAAUUUCGUCAGCAUUAAGGAUCCCUGGUUCCCACGUCACGCCUCUGAUCUGGACAAUUGCAACCAUUUGAUGACCAAAUACGAGCCCGAUCUUGACAUGAAUCAUCCCGGUUUCGCUGACAAGGAGUACCGUGCCCGCAGAAAGGUCAUCGCAGAAAUCGCUUUCGCUUAUAAGUACGGAGACCCCAUACCCAGCAUUCCUUACACCGAAACGGAGAACGAAACCUGGUCCAGAGUGUUCAACACUGUCGUUGACUUAGUCCCGAAACACGCCUGCAUGGAGUAUCAGAGAGUAUUUAAGAAACUGCAAGAGGAGAAGAUCUUCGAGGCACAUCGCAUACCUCAGCUGCAAGAGGUCAGCGACUUCUUGAAGAAGAACACUGGAUUCACUCUGAGACCCGCAGCCGGAUUGCUCACAGCCCGAGACUUUUUGUCUAGUCUUGCCUUCAGAGUAUUCCAGAGCACCCAGUACAUCCGUCACAUCAAAACGCCGUUCCACACGCCAGAACCAGACUGUAUCCACGAACUGUUAGGACACAUGCCGCUGUUGGCUGACCCAAGCUUUGCUCAGUUCUCCCAAGAAAUCGGUCUCGCGUCCCUCGGUGCAUCAGACGAGGAAAUCGAAAAAUUGUCCACCAUCUACUGGUUCACAGUUGAAUUCGGUCUUUGCAAGGAAGGUCCAGAGGUAAAAGCUUACGGCGCCGGUCUCCUGUCCGCUUACGGAGAGCUGCUUCACGCGUUGAGCGACAAAUGUGAACACCGACCGUUCGAGCCAACGACUACAGCGCUUCAAAAGUAUCAGGAUCAGGAAUACCAACCGAUAUACUACGUCGCGGAAAGUUUCGAGGACGCUAAAGAGAAAUUCCGUCGCUGGGUGGCAACCAUGAGCCGACCUUUCGAGGUGAGGUACGAUCCACACACCCAGCGCGUGGAGGUGCUCGACAGCGUCGACAGGCUGGAAAAUCUUGUGUCUCAGCUGAACACCGAGAUGGUCCAUCUCACGAACGCCAUUAACAAGAUCAAGAAGUCUUACGCGUAAGAACGAGUAGGUUCCACCCCCCUCCCCCCCUAAC